AGAAAAAACAGGACCACAAUAAAUUAGAAAGAGAAGAACCGGAGCAAAGUAGUAGACGGCGUUGCUUUUGCAAUAGUUUUUGUGGCACUUGUUCCCCUUGGAAUAAAUAGCUCCACGAUCAUGGAGGAGGUUUUGCAGGGGCUCAACGAGCUGGUUCAUGGCGUAAAAAGAGAUGUCAGCUUGAUAGAGAAGGAAAUCAGGCGGCUGACGGAAUUGGUGCGAUCGACCAAGGUACGAAAUAGUUUUUUCCCUCUCAUUUUGCGUUUAUGUUCAAAGAGUAGAGACACAAGUAGAGAUCUAUUGCGAAGCAAAGAAAAACAUCUUUUGCGAAAAAGCAUGGAAAUAAUUGCAAUGUUCUUGCAUAUGCAUAUGCAUAGCCAAGGAAGCAUGUCUGCGCGACAUCUUAACCGAGCGCAAUGGGAGCAAAAAUGUGUCAAAGAAUUUGCUGCCUUCCUUGUCCAGGAAUCCAUUCGUGUCUUUGUCACUCAAUAUUUUUAUAUAGGAACGACAACUACCUUUGCCCCCUUUGUUUUAUUUAGAAGCAGUGGCAGAACUAUUAGCUCAAGACCAGAAAAUUGCAGGAAUCUUCAUUUGCAAUGAAUAAAGGUGACCACCACGACUACAGCGACAUCUUCUUCUGCCCAGACCGACGAUGCAAGUAUCCCCAAACGGGACGCGACUAGUCAGACGCACACAAACGUGAUCGAGGAGGUAGAGGUUUGCAAGUCGAUUUGAAAUUUUUAACCUAAUCGCUCGCCAUCGUCUAAAGCUUUCUUGCUUACGCCUCUUUUGCAUGUCGCUGUUCGUUGUACUGCGUUUUAACUUUGCUUCAAUAACGUGGUUUAUCUGGUGCAUACAACUCAAUCAAGGUCGACAGUGCCGUUGAUUCCCUGUUUCGCAAGCAGGAACAAGUUUUCACCUCCAACGACGACUCUUCCCUGCUCUCCUUUCUCGAGAAGCACCAGAAGGUUCUCCAGCAAGUCCUACGAGAAAUCAACCACGGCGCCACGGGAGCUUCGCCCACCCCCAGGGCGCUUUUGGCAGCUUGCGAGAAACACGCGUCAUCUCUCACGGGCAAUGAAGCGACGGAAGUGAAAGCGGAAUUGCUGCUGGAGGCGCAGAAGGAACUAGCUCUCUUACCGGUGCGCGACAUCGAAUUUUUGGAGAAACUGUUCUUUCAGCUCGAAAGCCCGGUGCAGGUGCAGUUCGGGCUGAACCAGAAGAACGCGAAUGCGCCCGAUGGUCAUGAUCUCAGAGAGAACAAAGAGCUGACGAAGACCUUGUUCUACUUGCUCCUCGUACGCGACACCACCGUCAAGACGAAAUCCGAAGAGGUAUAAAGAUCACUUGAAUAAUAAACUUCCAGGAAAUAAAAUUCGCUGCUACAAACAUAUGCUGACACGAGAGCAACUCGACUAUUGAUGCCAUAGGUAGUGUGAGUCUUAUUUCUCUUUGCAGUGGUACGUCAUUACGCAGCGAAGCCGAUGCGUCUGCGCAUGAACAUCUUUAGGUUUGGAGUUUUGCCUACCAGGAUCAAUCUGUGAUGUCGUUCUGCAUGCAAACGAAAAAUGAAUGGACACGGCUUGAUCUAUCAGAAAUGGAGCUUAAACUUAUAGUUUUACCUAAAACGCUAACGCGAUAAAAAAUAUCCAGAACGUGACGAACGCUGCAAGCAAGUGGUCUGCAUCGAGUAGCGCAUCUACAAGUACUGUGCUCACCUCCGCCCCCUCGGCCUGCGCCGGCGACAAGACACAGACAAGUUUCGCUUUCGCACCCGAAGGGAGCAGAGCCGGAGAUGGGAAGGUAUUUUGGGUUGCUUGCUUCACGCGAAGAAGUUUUACUUAUAACUUUCCUUCGUAGUUCUUGCAUCUCGGCGAGGUUUGUUCCAUGCAGCUCGAAUCCUUAUCAUCUUCAAAGCAAAUUUCUGACAUUUAGGUUUCCGGGCGACAGCAAAACGCCGAAAUGACGGCUGUGACCACAGGCAAAUCGGUUUGCUCGGCUUCCAGUACUAGCAGCGCCAUGAAGUCGAUAGCGGAAUUGAAAAACGGGAAUGUGAGCCAGCAUGGCACUGCAAAUAUUAGCUCCAGUUCGACAUCAACGGAGAAGCAGCCUAAGAAGCAGAAGGUGGAGCAGGAGGGGCAGGUAGUCCUUGUUUGGGUUUCGUCUUCAUUUAUCGAUUUGUGUUCUUGCAUUACCAAAAAACCUUCUUCAUUCAUGAAAACUACAACUUGUUGCCCAAGUGUAUCCAUGCGUUGGUGUUUUGCAGGCAAGAAAAGUUAAAGUUGUGCACUGCAGUUGAAAAUAAAACGCUGCCAGGUCGUGGUGAAGCGAUCAGUUACAAGGCAAGUACGGAACCGGAUUAGAACUGUUGAAAACAGUACCGAUUACGGAACGAUGAUCGUGCCAGGCGUUGUGAUCCUAUUGCACUAGAAGCGCCCCUCCUUCCCGAUGAAGAACAUGCUAGGCAUCAGACGGCAGAAUGGUUCUCAACAUGACAUCUAGAUUUAGGACCUGCUAUACACGUUCCUUCGGUAAGGUCCGCAUGCGGAGUCGUCGUACAUCGUGCAUGCCGCAUGAUGUCGGAGUCGUGCAUUUUUGUUCAAGAAAUGUAGAUGCCCCCAGUUGUGUCGUGAACGUCAACUACUUCUAAAACCUGCAUUGGGAAUCAUUAUUUUUUGUUGAGGAGCAAGUGCUCCGGAUAUCCAGGUCCGGAACGAGGGGAAUUUCUAUUGCUAUAACUUGGCCCCUGCGACCAUUUUGAGCACCACGCGGUCCAGUUCAGUGCGGCGUUGCGAAAAACGAUCACCCACUGCCUCGCCGCUUGCGCGGUCACAGUCCAAGACCCCACAGCGCAACUGGAGCACAUCAGAAACAUCUCGGACCACGAGGAUUCAGCGCCGGCGUUCGCGGCUGAAUUCGCCCGCGCCGUCAAGCUGCAGCACCAAGCAGUUUCCCGGCUCGCAACUGGAACGCAAGCGAAAAUGGACAUCGAGGACUUCAAUACGACCUCGGCUGCGCAUCUGCGGGAAUGCUUGGAGCAUCUGGAGCAGCAGAAUACCGUCCACACAAGCCGGUACUAUUCUUUUGUGGAUCAUCGAGCGUCCAUCACAUGAUGUGAGGCUCUCUUGUUCAUGUUCCUUGAAGAUGCUUGGGAUGCAUUGUUUCCGGAGAAAAAUGCUGCAUCGCCGCAGCAGCGCAUCAAACCACAAUUCAAAUGAUUCCACAUGCAUAAAACAGGUUUGUGCCCUCGAGUAAAUCCACGUUCACUUCAACUUCUACCAGCGUGGAAAACAACCUGGACCUCCUGGUGCGUGAUAGCGGGGCUGCGCAGCGCGAACACGGAAUAUUGCUGUACAUUCAUUGUGCUAUCGGCUGCAGUCGCUCGGUGACGUUGUUUUUAGCAUACCUGUUGACUCUGUUCGGCCUGAGCAAGGAGGACCUCGAGUUUUUGCUAGCAACCCUCCUCAUCGUGCGGCCGAUCAUCAGUCCCAAUCCUGGAUUUCAGUACGAGCUCGAAAAGUUCGCAUCGGACGGACGCGCGGCAAACAUCCAACAAACACUGCCUUUCCUGCAACAAACCCAACAGUGGCUCGCUGGCCAUUUGGCUCAGCGCUGCAGCGAGUAUUCGUCCUUGAGUUCCGAUAUGCAGUGCAAAGGUGAUGUCGUACUACGGAAAAAUUGCACGUACAAAUUAGCUUAGCAUGACAAAUCAAUGCAAGUUGUAAUGCUGUUUUACCUUGCAAAGGAAUUUUCAUUUUGUCAUGUAUGACUGCAACUACUACGAGCGCGGUAUUAUUUUUGCGCAGCAUAGCGGAAACCCGAAAGCGGUUCUGCGAAGAAGGCAUCACAAUGGCCUCUUCCAACUCCGACUCCAAGUUCACUCCGAAGACAAUUUUCGUCACUGCAGAAAACGCCGCGGAGUACGCGAAGCGCUGGGCUGCGAUGGCUGCUAGCGGAGCGAUCUCGGAUGAAAAACAGAAUGAGGUACUGACGAAGUUUAUUCCACACCGUUGAUGUGAUCAUGUAGUAUCAGGAUUGAGAUGGACGAUAUCUUCACCAAGUCGACUCAAGCGCACAGAUCUUCAUACUUACUUGAUUUUAUGUCCAUGUUCAUGAUUUUACAUGAUUACAUGCUGAUAGUACAACUACACGCAUUAUUGAUCAGGGGAAGAACAAGAAGCCGGAGGACGAGAGCCGCUCUGUGGCAGAUCAAAUUGAAAGCCCGCACCAGCUCGCCGAGAAAAUUCAGCAGAUCGGGAGUGGAAGACCGGAAUUAGUUGCGCGGCCUGCCUCGGGACACGAUAACGCAAAAGUCACUGGCGUCGUGGCAGUUCAGGACCAGGUAUACUUAUUUUUAAAAGCAGGAGUCGUUUUUGAUUUAAGUAGCCUUUUGUUUCUUAUGCCACGAUCGAAGCAAUACCAAUAACAAGCAAUACGCAUUUUUUCCAGGGCCAUAAAGAUCAAACUGAGCUACUGAUUCAGACAUGAAAUCCAAACAGCCCGGAACCGACAUCCGAUCCGUCCGUACUGGGGUAGAAGUGCAGGGGGCGCUGGAGCAUUUGGUAAAGUCUUCCGGAGUAUGCAUUGCGAAUAUGUUUUGGUGUGGAGGGUUGCGAGGUUUCUCUCUCUGCGGCAACAGCAGACGAAAAUCUGUCAUGCGUAUUGGGAUUCAGUUUCCUUUCAGCUCUCCACUAGAAAAUAUAAUGUUGACAACAUGCCUUUGGACUGAUGCAAUUUCUCAUGCGUUUACGAAAGGCAUAUACAUUCAUAUUGAUUAAUUACCAUUAGCAGCUCAAAAAUGCGUCAUGCGUUGCUCGGACUAGAAGGCGGUUUACAAUUAUUUCGCUUUCUUGGGCACACACUAACAUCACAAAUCUCCAGACUCAGACAUAUUUGCAAUGCAUAACGAAGGAAGGUAGUCGUGUACCACUGCAUCACGGAAAAACCGUCUGCAAGCAGGAAAAUCCAGAGGGUAUCAUGUUGAAAAUACUUCCCUGGCCCGCAGAAUCAUGCAUGUGCAGCACUCGGCGAACGAGUAAGUACCUCAGCCGUCCUUUGCAUGCACACUAAUCUGUUAUCUUGUGCUAAUCUUCUUCUUCUCGUAAAAAGUCUAAAUUAGAACAAGAGGAAGAAGUAUGUAGAUACUUUGUCAUGCCACCUUUCCCACACUACGUUUGCCUAAUGUAAGAAUUGACGAAGAAGAUUUUUUGCAAGAUGCGAGGGAACUGUUUUCAACUUGAUUGGAGGCGGAAGAAUGGAAGUUCGAACUGUCCAACACAUCGCAGCUGCAGGUCGUAAAAGUCAGACCUGGGGGGCAACAAAAGAAGCGGGCAACGACUGCGGACGGCAUGCAAGUGAAGGAUACAGCAGUGCCGGUUUCGAUGGAGGAGAAGGCGCAGAACAACAAAAAGGACACUGCGGCCAAACCGCAGAUCGUAAAGGUCGAAAAAGUGAACCGAGGAUCGAAACCGAAUAUCUGCAAGGCGUGGCACGACACGGUCCUCGAGGUGUCCAAAGAUCACCUGUACGUGUUCCGCCCCCGCGCGGAACGCUACAAGACCGAGACCCUCGGGCUGCGUGGAAAUCACCAAUACAACCUGGUUUUCAAGAGGAGCCAGUCGCCGGACAAGCGAUCCAGCUUCGAGUACCACACCUCGGACCUCGCAGGGGAACUCCAACCCCCACCAGCGAAGCGCGAACGCCAUUGCUAGCUCAAGUAGGGUCAGUUGCAGCAAGUGCAACAAUAUUUGUACGUGAUAUUCCGCAUGUUUGUCUUUAUGUAGUACGUGUGUCGAAAUUAAAUUUCGUCGUGGCAGCAGUGCGAUACACGGCAAUCAUGAUCUACGAGCUUUCGCUGAAUACCAUAGGACGACGCUUUGCAUUCUGAUCGGUGAAGCGCAAGUAAUCAUGGAUGUAAAUGAUAAAUUGUAGUUUCUGCAUCGGUCAGGGUCAGGCAGUGCAAAAUUAAGCAAACGAUUAGUCGACGUAUCCAUUUUUACCACGGUUAUCUUCCGGAUAGAGGUCUGUCGCAACUUUUACUACAACGUAACUGCCGCAUACCUCGGCGUUCGUCGAUGUAAAUAAUCUGUGGCGAAAAUUAUAUGACAAGAUGCAGAUGCCAGUGCUCCUAUGACAUGUAUACAUCGCAGGUUGGAAAAUGCAAAUUGAGUGUUUCUCUCACACCUUCACGCUGCAGCAAAAUUAAUUGGGAGGAGAAUAUUGCAGAGAGUAUACUCGACAGAUACGAAUCGCAAGUGGCUUACUUCGAUACAGCAACAAGAAUGAUUAAGCUAAGUUAUCAGCGUAUUGGAUUAAGUAUAAAUGUGAUCAGAAUUAUCAGCAAUGGAAUAUAGAUCUACUUUCGUCGUUCCGGCGUAUUACCAGCCCUUUCUCUACUGGUUUUACAUUUAUCUGCGUCAGAAUGAAAAAAAAUCUUUUGCCGCCGCACCGUAGUGCGCGCAUGUCAGACGCCAAAAAACUCCAGCUGGUCCGGCUAAAACGUUUCAAAUUUGAUCAUUCAAGAUUUUUUUGAAUCAGUAUAUAAUAAAUACCACCUCAUAUUAUCGCUCUGAAAAUAGAAGUAUCACGCUCCGGCGAUAUCUUCUCCCACCGCAGGAGAAGGAACUAAAAAAUUGCCAAAUGUGCAAUUAUACACGGACGUGGACGCAAGAGGAGGACAGUACUUAGAAAAAGAACAAGUCAUGUAAAUGUUAAUGUUUCCAUUGCAUGGGGAUGGGGUGAAGAAGAGGAAUAGGCGGAGGAGCUCAUACCAUCCUUGAGCACCUGUUUCCUUUGUCUUCUAUGCAAGCUCUCGACAAGUGCACUUGUCUACGAACUUUUGCUUUUCAUGGAGAAGUAGUUAUUUUUCUGUGAACAGCGCGACAUACGACCAAAGCCUCAAGUGGAUUUCAGCAAACAAUUCGAAAGUUUUUCUAUAUUCAGUGUGAGCCUCGAUCUCGAAUCCUAUGAAGCGGUUUCUAUUUAAAUUUGGAAUGUCCUCAGUCGUCGCAUUUUUCCGUGAGAGAAGUAUUUAAGCCCCGAGGCCCGCCUAUAUUACUCACGAUCACGAAUUAUUUGUAUUUCAUUAGAAGCGUAGCAACUAUUGUAUGAACGUUGAGCUUGAGAUAUUCUAAUUUUUCAGUUUCCGUUUCAGGUUUGAAAAUAUGAAUGUGUAAGAUAGAUGAACAGGAGCAUCACUAGCGCGACGCCGAUCGUGCGGAUCUGAUAUGGGAACAUCAACAUUUAUACAACUUAUAAAAAUACAACACCUUCGCAUGAUCUUUGUUAUGCCACUCUGGUUGUCGUUGCCGCAAAUAAUCACACUUUCAUUCACAAAUUGACUGAUACAACCUGGCAACACACAUUGUAUGUUGCCGAGCAAUUGUAGCGAAGUCAAGUUUGUUGUGCGUAAAACGGCGUUUAAAUGACACCACGAGCGCAAGUGAAGAUUGGAUGUGAUCGAGGAACAAGAUGAAUUUGGAAUCACUUACCCCAAGAUUUCCAUUCGUUUCCAAGAAAGUCUACGUGAAACCACUCGACUGCAGGUGGAAAUGAAACAUCGGAAGAUAUGAUGACUUCCAGUAAUUCGGAACGGUUCCGGAUGAAUGUGGUUUCGCCUACUUAUGUUGC